UUUAACUUCAUUCCAACAACCCCCACACUCUCUAUGCCUAUAAAUUCACACCCAAGUCCUCCAUUUCCACUCGCACCGCUUGAGCAGAGUCCCUCUAAUCAUACCAAAGCGGCUUCCCUCUGUUCAAGCAACUUGACCCUCCUCUCUCUCACACCACCAGAACUGUAAAAGAUGGCCAUGGAAACUUUCCUAUUCACAUCUGAAUCAGUGAACGAGGGACACCCUGACAAGCUCUGCGACCAGAUCUCCGACGCGGUGCUCGACGCUUGCCUGGAACAGGAUCCAGACAGCAAGGUGGCCUGUGAAACCUGCACCAAGACCAACAUGGUGAUGGUCUUCGGUGAGAUCACAACCAAGGCCAACGUCGACUAUGAGAAGAUUGUGAGAACCACUUGCAGGAACAUCGGCUUCGUCUCCGACGAUGUCGGUCUCGAUGCCGAUAACUGCAAGGUUCUUGUUAACAUUGAGCAGCAGAGCCCUGAUAUUGCCCAGGGGGUUCAUGGACAUUUGACGAAGCGGCCGGAGGAGAUCGGAGCCGGUGACCAGGGGCAUAUGUUUGGGUAUGCUACUGAUGAGACACCGGAGCUUAUGCCGUUGAGCCAUGUCCUCGCGACGAAGCUCGGUGCUCGUCUUACUGAGGUGAGGAAGAAUGGGACUUGCCCAUGGUUGAGGCCUGAUGGGAAAACCCAAGUUACUGUUGAGUAUUUCAAUGAGAAGGGUGCCAUGGUUCCGAUUCGUGUCCACACCGUGUUGAUCUCGACUCAGCAUGAUGAGACUGUGACAAAUGAUGAGAUUGCUGCUGAUUUGAAGGAGCAUGUGAUCAAGCCUGUGGUUCCUGAGAAGUACCUUGAUGAGAAGACCAUUUUCCAUUUGAACCCUUCAGGCCGUUUCGUGAUCGGUGGGCCUCACGGUGAUGCCGGUCUCACCGGUAGGAAGAUCAUCAUUGAUACCUAUGGAGGAUGGGGUGCUCAUGGUGGUGGUGCUUUCUCUGGAAAGGACCCAACUAAGGUGGAUAGGAGUGGUGCUUACAUUGUGAGACAAGCUGCUAAGAGCAUUGUUGCCAAUGGACUUGCUAGGAGGUGCAUUGUGCAGGUUUCCUAUGCCAUUGGUGUGCCUGAGCCUUUGUCUGUGUUUGUUGACAGUUAUGGAACAGGGAAGAUCCCUGACAAGGAGAUUCUCCAGAUUGUGAAGGAGACCUUUGAUUUCAGGCCUGGCAUGAUCUCCAUCAACCUUGAUCUCAAGAGAGGUGGGAACAGGUUCUUGAAGACUGCUGCUUAUGGACAUUUUGGCAGGGAUGACACUGAUUUCACAUGGGAGGUUGUCAAGCCCCUCAAGUGGGAGAAACCUACUGCCUAAGUGGUUCCAAAUUCCAAUCCUCUCAGAAGGGUGUUUUGCAUGUUGUGCCUAUAGGCUUCAAAGUAUCUGCCUGAUAGUUAAUGUUCUGUAUUUUUUGGUAUUUUUUUUUGUAUUUUUUUCUUGUACUAGUAUUGUAUGUGUUCAUCCAGAACAUGUAUCUUACAUGGUCAAUCUGAAGAAAAAUUAAUGUUCUCUCAGGAUUUAUCCCUGAUAUGUGUAAUAACCUCAAAAUUUGAAGUGAGUAUACAAUUUAUAUAUGAAUUGCAGUGCUUACAUUGAUUGUA